CGCAUUGCAGUCCGAUAUACGACAUUACUGUAAAGCAGCAGAAGAAGAAAAACACAUACAGCAGCAGUACAAGCGGUAGCGGCUCGAUGAUUUCGUAUUCUGGGUUAAGGCGUUACCGGGCUUUACGGAGCUAAAGCACGAUUUGAAUACGAGAACAGGUCGUCCAUUUCUCAUCAGCAUCCCUUCACAGAAACAUGGCUGAGCCUGAGCUCCUCCUAGACUCCAAUAUUCGCCUUUGGGUUGUGCUGCCUAUUGUGUUCAUCACAUUUCUGGUUGGAGUGAUACGACAUUACGUCUCAAUUCUGUUACAGAGUGACAAAAAGCUCACGUUAGAACAGGUUUCAGACAGCCAGGUUCUGAUCAGGAGCAGAGUAUUACGGGAAAAUGGAAAAUACAUUCCCAAACAGUCUUUCUUGAUGAGAAAAUUUUUCUUCAAUAACCAAGAGGAUGGGUUUUUUAAGAAGACUAAAAGAAAGGUAGUCCCACCCUCUCCAAUGACUGAUCCCAGCAUGUUGACAGAUAUGAUGAAAGGCAACGUGACAAAUGUCCUGCCUAUGAUCCUUAUCGGUGGAUGGAUUAACUGGACCUUCUCUGGGUUUGUCACAACAAAGGUACCAUUUCCUCUUACACUCCGCUUCAAGCCAAUGCUGCAGCAGGGAAUUGAAUUGCUCUCACUAGAUGCAUCCUGGGUGAGUUCAGCAUCAUGGUAUUUCCUGAAUGUCUUUGGUCUCAGAAGCAUGUAUUCCCUUAUCCUCGGACAGGACAAUGGUGCUGAUCAGUCUCGCAUCAUGCAGGAACAAAUGAGUGGCGCUGCGAUGGCAAUGCCUGCAGACACAAACAAAGCAUUCAAGGCUGAAUGGGAAGCUUUGGAGUUGACUGACCACCAGUGGGCCUUGGAAAAUGUUGAGGAGGAUCUAAUGAGUAAGGACUUGGACCUGUCUGGGAUGUUCAGCAAAGACUUGCCAACGGGCAUCUUCUAAAUGCCUGCAUGUCCACUACUGAGAGGUUUUGGAGGACCUCAUUAAGUCUAAAUGAAUUGUUGGACUGGUUUUGGAAGUGAAUGGACACUCCUAAUACAGUUACUUACAGUGAUAUAAACUUCACUGCAGACAUUUUGUGUUUUUUUUUUCAUAUGCAUGCACCAUUCCAUCCACUGUUCAUUUUUGCUCAGACACAAGUUUCAUUAAGCAGAGGUUUAUUUAAGCUUAAACCUGUAUGGUUUAUCUAUUAUAACCAAACUUCAUACAACACAGCUGUGAUGUUGCAGUGCUUCCUAUAGUUUAGCGUCUUGACAGGUUUUCUUGAAGGCAUUCCCCAAUAAUUAUUGGUGUUUUUUUUAACAUUGAUUAUACUUUUUUUUUUUAGAUUACCUGUGUUUAAUUAUUUAACUAGGACCAUUAUGUGUGUUGACCAAGUAGGCAAAAAAAAUUUUUUUAGAAAGAAAUGUAACAAUUAAAAGUGGACCAAUCUUUAGAUUCUGUUUUGCUACUGUACUUAACAGUGUUUUAUUAGAUGCUUUAUUUGGUGCCAAUAAUCCAUAAUGAACUAUGUAUUGGCAAAUGAAACUAAUUUUCAUCAUGUGUAGAAACUUAAAUUUGUUGGCAUGUUUAAUAUAUUUAUUUAACUUUUACGGUUUGAUCAAAUUUUUCACUGCAUCUAGACUAAUGGGCAAAUGCAUAAUUUUAAUACAUUUUUCAUUUAGUUUUAUUAAA